UGGCGCGCCGAACCUCAUACCGUCCGUAUCCUCUCCCUCAAUCGCCGGCGCUAGAAAUGAGCGGCGGCGUCCUUCGACAUGUCUGCUUCGGAGUGCCCAAUCUCCCCCUCAGCCGUUUUCGAGCUUUUCCGCUCCGCGGCGAGCUACCGCAGUCCCCGUCGACGCGCGCUAGAGCCUGCGUCCGCCCCCACCACCUGGCACCAGCCUUAUCUUCGGCAGCCUUUUUUGCGUCUUCUUCUUGGGCCCGGAGUGGGUUCGUAAAUUGGUACCUCGGCGUCCUCUCAACCCGCCCUAUACUUACGAAAAGCCUCACCGCGGCGGCUAUCACCGUUGCCGCUGACCUCUUCUCUCAGAUAAUUUCAUCCUCCUCAUUCAAGAAUCUUGAUUUUGUAAGAAUCAUAAGAAUGGCUGGCUAUGGGAUGCUCAUUUCGGGACCGUCUUUGCAUUUUUGGUUCAAUUUCGUUUCCAGAAUUCUUCCCAAACAUGAUAUUUUAACUACUUUCAAAAAGAUGGCACUUGGACAAACUAUAUAUGGGCCUAUAAUAACCGGAGUCUUCUUCUCACUAAAUGCAGCACUACAAGGUGAAACUGUUGAAGAAAUCUUUGCCAGGCUAAAUAGAGACAUGCUUCCCGCGCUAAAGAGUGGCAUCAUGUACUGGCCUAUAUGUGACUUUAUCACCUUCAAAUUCAUCCCUAUUCGUCUGCAGCCACUCGUGAGCAAUUUAUUCACCUUUGUUUGGACCGUCUAUAUGACAUACAUGGCAAGCUUGGAGAAGGCAACCACUGAGACAAUCUUGGCUAUGUGACAAUUCCCCAUCACUGUCUUAGCAUUCAGUUCCUUCUGAAUUUCACGACAUUGUUAAGUUACAACGAACUGCAUAGUUUAGCUUCUUAAAUUUUAAGUUUGUACGAGACUUGCCAUUUUCUUUGGAGAAACUCAGGCAAAGGCCUGCAAAAGAUUUAUUUGUAAGUUCAAAUGUUCUUAAAAUGAUGGUCAAUAAGUUUUGAGUGUGAUCCAACGAUAAUGAAGGUAUUCUUAGAUCUUAGUAUAAGGUCUUUUUA